AUGGAUCGAAUUGGCUGCUCACCGCCGCCCCCUGCCCAGUCGUCGUCGUCGCUGCUGCCGCCACCGUCCUCCUCAUCCUCCUCCUCCGCCACUUCCCUCACACUACGGCCUUAUCUUGGAUUCCUGCGCACGAGUACCUCCCUGCCCGUCACAGAUCUGGCGGCGGCAGCGGCGACGACGGCGGCGGCGGUGGAGGCUCCAUCCUCGACACCUCUCUGCUCGGUGGAGCUUGGCAUGCAUAUGUUCCAAGACUUGAGAUUCUCACACCAUACUGUUCAAAAGAUGCAUGAGGCUUGCUCAAAGCUGCUAUUGCUAUUAGAGAUUUUGAUCCUGUUAUUUUCCUAAAAAAUGAAUUUUUGUAUGUCA